AUCUGAGGAAACGAGCCUGUUGUCGUGCGAAGCAAAUUUCGUGAAACGUGCGGAGGUCGCAGUGUUAAUCUGGUCAAACAGCAGCCCUUUUUAAAUAAGCGUGCAUUAAUUUACUUCCCAAUACACCAGGCACAUCCUAUACAAUUAAUCUUUAAUAUCGUUUAUAUGAUGGAGAAUGUUACCGCAGUUUCUGCUGAAGCAUCGGUCCAAGAUACGGUCCGAAGUGAGAAUGCGACCCAUGAGGAAGUGAAAAUCGAAAAAGAUGUGGAACAAGAACAUUCAGAUGAACCACUCUCGAAACGCAAACGAAAACAGCUGCUCAAAAUGGAAAAAUGGGAAGCGAGGAAGAAGGAGAAAAGGCGUGUGGAAAAGGCAAAGCGCAAAGCGAAACGAAUCGAAGCCGUCAAACUCGGUCUACCCGUACGUACAGGACCUAGCCGGAAGGAGUUGAAGCGGAGAGAAAUCAUUUACGAGGCGGGAUCGCCGGAAGUGGUCGUCGAUCUAAGCUUCGAUACGAUCAUGAUCGACAAGGAUGUGGCUAAGUGCGUCAAGCAGUUGUUACGCGUCUACACGGCCAACAGACGCUCCGAGAAACCCCUACCGCUGCAUUUCACCGGCAUCCGCCCGGAUGGUGCUGUUGAGAAACAUCUUUUGCGGAACGAUGGUUGUAUGCAGUGGCCUGUGCGGUUCAGCUCCGAGCAUUUCAUGAAACUGUUCGACCCGAAACAGUUGAUCUACCUUACGAGCGAAUCGGACAAUGUGAUCGAAACGCUCGAACGUAAUCACGUCUACGUCAUCGGAGGAUUGGUUGACCACAACCAGCAUAAAGGAUAUUGCCUCCGUUUGGCGGAAGAGUUCGGCAUACGGCACGCUCGUCUGCCGCUUGGCGAGCAUCUUGUACUCAAAACACGGACCGUGCUGACAAUCAAUCAAGUAUUUGAGAUACUUCUGAAUAUAAAUACCGGCAAAGAUUGGCAACAGACUUUGUUGGAUGUGAUGCCGGCACGUAAAGGAGCUACAGCAAAAGAAAAGAAAACGGAAAUCUGUGAUCUACCGCAGAACGACGUUAAGAUCGAAUCGAUGGAUUGACCUCUAAUGGUACAUGGUCCUGACGACAGCAAAAUAGUUAGUUGCGUAGCAGCGAACUCGUAAUGUUAAAUGAUAAACGAUUGUAAAUACAUAAUGUUAAAUAAAAAUACACAAUUAAACGAUAAAGACGUACAUGCACUGGGGGGUCGGCGAUAGCCGAGCGGGAGCGCCGGGAGGUCACCAUUUCACCACGUCGCGUGGGUUCGGAUCCCAGCCGAGACCGGACCCUCCCCUGUACGAGAGGACUGGCGGGUCCACGUACGCAUAGGGAAAAAAGUCUAGUAAGCCCUUAAUGGGCAGGCAAAAUCAAGCCGGUCGUUACGCCAAGAAGAAGGAGAAGACAUACACUUUAUUGAAUAUUGAAUAGCAGCACUUGCUGUAGGGAGUUACAUAGUGUUUUUCCUCCUCUUUCUCUUUAAGAUCACACAUGGACCGGUGUUGGUCGCCCCGCG